AUGCGCGGUCUUGCAGCGGGUUUCCUGAAGGCAAAAGUGGGUAAUGGGCAACGACUAAGCUUCUGGUAUGAUCGUUGGACGCCUCUUGGGCCUCUCAUCACUCGGUUUGGAGAACUUGGCCCGAGAGAACUGCAAAUUGAUGAAUAUGCACUGGUGAAGGAUGCUUGCAAUAGUGAAGGAUGGCUUCUUAGGGGAGCUCGUUCCCAGGCUGCUGAGGAGCUUCACCUACACCUUACUACCAUCCCUCUCCCCUCGUUAAGUGCUACGGAUGAUUCUUAUGUGUGGGAGGUGGGUGGAAAUGAGUUGCAGGAGUUCUCCACGAGUAAAACCUGGAGUCAAGUAAGGAACAGAGCAACAGAACAGCGCUGGACCCAAAAUAUUUGGUUCAAAGGUCACACUCCCCGCCAUGCUUUCACUACCUGGGUAGCUCAUCAGGACCGAUUACCUACUAGAACUAGACUGGUCGCGUGGGGAAUGCAAAUACCUUCACUAUGCUGCCUUUGUUCCUUGGUGGAUGAAAGCAGGGAUCAUUUAUUUCUACGCUGUGAGGUUAGCGGAACUGUUUGGGGCUACGUAUUGAGGAGACUUGGCUACUUCCAUAGGGGGUUCCAUACUUGGGUUGCUUUUACUGACUGGAUGAGGCUUCGGGAUACGGUGGUGAGCGUGACUCUUAAACGCGUUGCUGCUCAGGCCACAAUUGCCAGUAUAUGGACUGAGAGAAACAAACGCCUUCAUGACGGAGUAUCUCAAACGCCUGCCUCCUUAUUCAAGAAGAUUGAUCGCAACGUCAGGGACACAAUACUUGGAAAGAGGAAGACUGCCCUGUUCCAGCAUCUAAUGCAGGAAUGGCUGCGACAUGAAUAG